UUCAACUCAUGAAGCAUGGAUGAGGUUGUUCUCAAAUUCAAGGAGUACUAAAGAAGAAUGUGUGUGUUUCUGCUGGCGCUCCGAGAGACAGACCAUCUGGCCUAAAAUUACCAAAUUUGGUACAAAUAAACUUUGGAAGAUGGAAAUGUUUAUCCCGAUGACGCCGCGCGCCGAAAAAUUCUUCCUCUAUGAUGCCAUUUUGGAACCUUAUGAAGCCAACGCCUCCAUCGUCGAUCUCCUACCAGUCGAUAUGCUCCCCCUCAUACACGAACACUGGUAUAACUUCCGCCCCAUGAAAAGCAUAUGGCACAUCAUACUUGGCGUGGUCAUCAUUAUUUUAGGGAUUAUCAGUAUAUGCGGCAACGGCGUAGUUCUCUAUUUGAUGGCCUCAGUCAGGAGUCUUCGCACUCCAGCUAACUUGCUGGUCAUGAAUCUGGCUCUCUCCGAUUUUUGUAUGUUGGCGUACAUGAUGCCAGCAAUGGCUCCCAACAGUUUCGGAGAAACCUGGAUCCUGGGUCCUCUCAUGUGCGAAAUAUACGGCAUGAUUGGAUCUUUAUUUGGAUGUGGAUCCAUUUGGAGCAUGGUAAUGAUCACCAUAGAGAGGUACAAUGUGAUCGUGAGGGGGAUGCAAGCACAACCAUUGACACGACUGAAAUCAGUAGGUCUCAUUUUCUUCGUAUGGCUCUGGUCGAUUGGUUGGACAAUAGCACCAUUCUAUGGAUGGAGCAGAUAUGUCCCAGAAGGUUCAAUGACAAGUUGCACUGUGGAUUAUUUAAGCCGCGACGCAAUAAGUUUAUCUUACUUGAUGUGCUACACUGUGGCUGUGUAUGCGGUACCUCUCGCCAUCAUGAUUUACUGCUAUACAUUCAUCGUAAUGGAAGUGGCCACUCAUGAGAAGAAACUGCGCGACCAGGCCAAGAAGAUGAACAUCACCUCUCUCAGGGCUAACCAGGACUCCAAUAAGACCAGUGCAGAGUUCAAACUCGCCAAGGUCGCAUUUAUGACCGUCAUCUUGUGGUUCAUGGCUUGGACUCCCUACCUGUUACUGGCCAUGUUUGGCGUUUUUUCAGACAGAAAGUACUUAACACCAAUGACGACUGUAUGGGGCGCUGUGUUUGCGAAAGCCAGUGCAUGCUAUAAUCCUAUCGUCUAUGGCAUAAGUCAUCCCAAGUACAAAGCGGCGCUGCAUCAGAAGUUCAAGUGUCUCGGCGGCAAACAGGACAGCAGCAAGGGUGACGCUGCUACUGUAGUCAGCGACAUGGACAGGAACCCACCGGCUUGAAGCUACAAUCAAAUUGAUGUGUUAUUGAUGGUUUGGUUCUGUUGGUUUAGUUUUAAAAAAUAAAUGUUUUG